CACCCCCCCACAAUGGUGCGUUUGCACCGUGACCGACGUCGACGCCCCCCCGCCCCUUUCAUCACGACCACCUACGCGUGCUCGCUUGCGGGAUGGCGUCCUAACAGAUCACGUGAGCAAGGCGUCCGUGGACGUGCGUCUAGAUGCCUCGGAGCAAGGCACCAGCAUCUCCUAUCUUCCUCCGCCCUGGUCCCUCGGGUUGCCAUGGUAACCGUGAACGUGCUCCAGUGCGUCAGCCAUGUUGAGAGCGGCCUCCACGCGCUUCAGCCUUGUCAUUUCGAGGCUCGUUCCUGUGAAAGAAUGGCAUUUUGCAGGGAUUGCUUUGGUGCUUAUGUAAGCAAACGGUGGCAAGCGGGGGCUGCAAGAUGGCACGGGCGCUCGCUGGUGCCAACUUGAGGUGGGAAACCAAGACGCAGCUUCAUGGAUUUCAUCGGUCUCGCUGAGGUGUCUCACCAAGGGCGUAGUUUUGCAUAGAGACGAUCGGGACACAACACUACCAACUUUUCAAGAUGCUCAAAUUGUCCCCACCAACUUUUAAGCAACUUAUUUGCAUUCUAUAAUGAACUCCGUUACAUACAGUGGGGCAAAUAAGUAUUUAGUCAACCACAAAUUGUGCAAGUUCUCCCACUUGAGAGAGCCCUGUAAUUGUCAACAUGGGUAAACCUCAACCAUGAGAGACAAAAUGUGGAACAAAAACCCAGAAAAUCACAUUGUUUGAUUUUUAAAGAAUUUAUUUGCAAAUCAUGGUGGAAAAUAAUUAUUUGGUCAAUAUCAAAAGUUCAUCUCAAUACUUUGUUAUGUACCCUUUGUUGGGAAUAACGGAGGCCAAACGUUUUCUGUAACAAGCUUUUCACACACUGUUGCUGGUAUUUUGGCCCAUUCCUCCAUGCAGAUCCCUUCUAGAGCCGUGAUGUUUUGGGGCUGUCGUUGCGCAACACGGACUUUCAACUCCCUCCACCGAUUUUCUAUGGGGUUGAGAUCUGGAGACUGGCUAGGCCACUCUAGGACAUUGAAAUGCUUCUGACAAAGCCACUCCUUUGUUGCCCUGGCUGUGUGUUUGAGAUCAUUGUCAUGCUGAAAGACCCAGCCACGUCUCAUCUUCGAUGCCCUUGCUGAUGGAAGGAGAUUUUCACUCAAAAUCUCUCGAUACAUGGCCCCGUACAUUCUUUCCUUUACACGGAUCAGUCGUCCUGGUCCCUUUGCAGAAAAACAGCCCCAAAGCAUGAUGUUUCCACUCCCAUGCUUCACAGUGGGUAUGGUGUUCUUCAGAUGCAAUUCAGUAUUCUUUCACGUCCAAACACGAGAACCUGUGUUUCUACCAAAAUGUUCUAUUUUGGUUUCAUCUGACCAUAACACAUUCUCCCAGUCCUCUUCUGUGUCGUCCAAAUGCUCUCUAGCAAACCGCAGACGGGCCUGGACGUGUCCUUUCUUCAGCAAGGGGACACGUCUGGCAGUGCAGAAUUUGUUGCCUUUGUUACUUUGGCGCCAGCUCUCUGUAGGUCAUUCACUAGGUCCCCCCGUGUGGUUCUGGGAUUUUUGCUCACCGUUCUUGUUAUCAUUUUGCCACCACGGGGUGAGAUCUUGCAUGGAGCCCCAGAUCGAGGGAGAUUAUUAGUGGUCUUGUAUGUCUUCCAUUUUCAAAUAAUUGCUCCCACAGUUGAUUUCUUUACACCAAGCGUUUUACCUAUUGCAGAUUCAGUCUUCCCAGCCUGGUGCAGGUCUACAAUUUUGUCUCUGGUGUCCUUCGACAGCUCUUUGGUCUUGGCCAUAGUGGAGUUUGGAGUGUGACUGACUGAGGUUGUGGACAGUUGUCUUUUAUACCGAUUAUGAGUUAAAACAGGUGACAUUAAUACAGGUAACGAGUGAAGCCUCGUUAGACCUCGUUAGAAGAAAUUAGACCUCUUUGACAGCCAGAAAUCUUGCUUGUUUGUAGGUGACCGAAUACUUAUUUUCCACUCUAAUUUGGAAAUAAAUUCUUUAAAAAUCAAACUGUCAGGUAAACCGGGCAGGCAGGUGGUGUGUAAGCCCAAAUGCAGGGAAAGGGAGGCGAGGCAGAUAGAUGGUGCAAAAAUGAUUUAAUUCAAGCCAACAAAAACAAAGUACAAAACAAAGGCUGUGGUGAUCCAAAAACUUAACAAAAGUCAGGCUAACUAAUAAACUUACUUUCCAAGCAUGACAAGGAACUGGGGAAAAACGUUGACAUGAACGUGGAGAUUGACAUUGACAAUGACGCAACAAGGAGUGAAAAGAAACUGGGUACUUAUGUACACACAUGCAGACAAGGGGUAACAAGACAACGAGGAACAGCUGGGUAAUACAGGAGGACUCAGUAGGAGCAGGCACAACAGGUGAAAUCAAUGGGUAAUCACAGGGACAAGUCACACUAGGAAAAUACCAACACAAAACAAUGUGAUUUUCUGUUUUUUUUCCCCAUAUUCUGUCUCUCAUGAUUGAGGUUUACCCAUGUUGACAAUUACAGGCCUCUCUAAUCUUUUCAAGUAGGAGAACUUGCACAAUUGGUGGUUGACUAAAUAGUUAUUUGCCCCACUGUAAAUACAACAUGCCGCAUCCUCUCCCCCCUUCGAAGAGGAGGAAUAUUCGAGUUUUUUUUCUGCCAGCAGCGGCCACUGUAGGUAUUGUAAAAAGUCAAUGUUGUGGAGGUGGGGAACACACCACUAAUUUUGCUACUAAAAGUCCGACCAGCAUCAGAGUUUGCAUAACAUUAAUCUGUGUGAAUUUCGAGUAGGAAGCUGCUUUGAGAGAAAUAUCCUCCUUUAUGUGUUUUCUACUGUUAACGUUAAUUAAACUAAGAAAUGUAGUGAGCUAAGGUUUAUCCCCUUCUCCCCAAAUUUUCAUUAUUUUAACCCUCAAAACAAGACGGAGAAAAUUAUUCGACUAGAUUUAAGAAAAAAUGAUCAGAUUAAGACAUUAUACAUUUACAGUGUGAAUGUUAGUAUAAAUCAAUACAGAUUUAUUUUGCAUUGAUAAUUUAGCCUAUCAAUUAAUUAGAUUCAUAUUGGUAAGAAAUUUAGCCCUGACACCCAUUCACCCAAUCUCUUUGGUCUUAUUCAUGUCCCGUUCCCACCAAAAAGUGUAGAUGCAGGUUAGGCUUUUAUUUUGUCCCUACCAAUACCUACGCCCUAGUGUCUCACGUCCCGUUUUGGGCAAACUCGCUGUGACCCCCGCUCCGGGCGGGCCCCCCGAACGUUUUUCUGCCGGAUGACUUGACGCAGCCACGCUGAGACCGACACAUUCAAUUGUGAGGGGCUGGAUGGGGGCGGGGGGCAGAGCACAAUGCCUGAUUUGCCUGACCUGUUUACCGAGAGACAAACGGAACGUGACUGACUGCUCUCACUUGAGUCUCGUUCGCUUGUCAACUCGGACGAUGGGCUGACGGGAGGAACGCGGUUGCCGCGAUGAUGGGAUCGCGUAACUUCUCGUUGAAUCGGUCGGAUCAAGGGCGUAGGUUUGCAUAGGGACGCAUGCCGCUGGUGAAGAGAACCAUCGAGCCCAGGCACCUGUGCCGCGGGGCGCUGCCGCAUGGCGUGACCAGCGAGCUGGAGUGCGUCACCAACAGCACGUUGGCCGCCAUCAUAAAGCAGCUUGGAGGCCUCAGUCGUCACGCCGAGGACAUUUUCGGCGAGCUGUUCAACGAAGCCAACAGCUUCUACGUGAGGAUGAGCGGCCUCCAAGAACGUGUGGACCAGCUGGCCGUCAAAGUAACUCAGCUGGACUCCACGGUGGAGGAAGUGUCGCUGCAGGACAUCAACAUGAGGAAGGCCUUCAAGAGCAGUACCGUGCAAGACCAGCAGGUGGUGUCCAGGACGUCGGUGCCCAACCCGGUGGUGGAGAUGUACCAUCGCUGCGACAAACCUCCUCCGCUUAACAUCCUUAGCCCCUACAGGGAUGACAAAAAGGACGCGCUCAAAUUCUACACGGACUCGUCCUACUUCUUCAACCUGUGGAAGGAAAAGAUGCUGCAGGCCACGGAGGACAAGCGCAAGGAGAAGCGACGGCAGAAGGGCUGUCCGGCCCAUCCCGACAAGCCCCACUCCAGACAGGCCCCACCCAGGAGCCCCCUGUCCAUCUCUGAGCAACAGAGGCAGGUGGACGAGCCGGGCCGUGAAGUCAAGAAGGUGCGUAAGGCUCGCAACCGACGUCAGGAGUGGAACGUGCUAGCUUACGACAAGGAGUUCCGACCCGACGCCAGACUCACGCCCUCACCUUACCACGGCAUGUCACCCGAGGGGUCCUUGUCACCCGACAGCAGGUCGGCCGCGUCCGACUCCUACCCCGCCAGUCCCAACCACCCUUCGAGCCAGGUCUCUGCCUCGGACCACCACCGCGCCAGGGACCACCCGGGUUCGGCGGCACAGACCCAGUCGCUGGAUCGGGGAUUGAGGCCUGCAAACCCGCCGGCAGGAGGUGUUGCGGCAGCUGCCGGCGGGCGCCAUGCCGCCUCCCUAGGCCGGACCCCGUCGACACAGGCCAACCCAGCUGCUGGGGAUCUGACGGUCAACGGGCCCAGGCAGCCGCCGCUUAAGGAUUACCGCGCCGGACACGGCGGAGGCCAACCCUCCACCAUUCCAGAGUACUACAUCCCACCUGCGCCGCCCCCUCCCCCACCGACCAUCCCAUCGGCGCAAACCGCCUUCGAUCAGACCCCGGGCCCGCCCUCUGGCGCCGCGUCCGCUGUGCCCCCCUCUUCCUCCGCCCUAUCCCGUCCUUACUCCCCCUCCCCUCCUCCGCCCCCGGUCAACUACGUCCCCUCUCCCGCCCACCCCCCUUCCGGGGUGCCGCCGGCUGCACCGCCUCCUCCCCCGCCUGGGGGUCCGGCGACUCACCGGGCACACCCCUCUCCGACGCGCGCCGGCGCUGGCCAGGCGGCAACGGACGGCGCUCCCCCUGCCAGGAAGGGGGCAGUGCUGGGCAUGAUCCCCAUGAGCGACGCCCGCUCCGACCUGCUCGCCGCCAUACGUCGAGGCAUCCAGCUGAGGAAGGUGCAGGAACAGCGGGAACAGGAAGCCAAGCGCGAGCCGGUGGGCAACGACGUGGCCACCAUCUUGUCUCGACGCAUCGCCGUGGAAUACAGCGAGUCGGACGACGACUCCGAGCUGGAUGAAAACGAGUGGUCUGACUAAAACGCGUCGACCCUUUUUGGAAGAAAAGCACUGCUUGUGUUUUCAAUGAAAAAUAGUGAUGACGUGUGGCUAAAACAAACAAAAAUAGUGCUUUUCUUUCAAAAUAAUACAACCGUUGUUUUUUUGUUACCCCAGACUUCCGGAUGGUCGUUGUGAAGUAGAUAACAAUUUCAUGGAAAUCACAAAAUUAUCAGAGUAACACCGAAUGUUUCAGCACCAACCAAACAAAUUGUCGAUUCUCGCCUAAUUGACAAUUGUACUGUUUGUGUCUAUCGGUAUAAUCAUAUCGGAUGAAUCCGGAUCAUCGCUCACUUUAAGGUGUGUUUAUUGACAUCGAAGCUGGCCGCUUCUUAACUUGAGUGACCUCUAGUGGUGAGAGUGUAAAAUACGUUUUCAAACAUGAGCAAUUGUACAGUGGCUUUGUUUUAUCGUUUGUUGUCAUACUUUUGUCGUCAGAAAAGUGACCGAAUCGGAAUACGACGCGCUGAAGGUAGGCUUUGCUGGCUAGCGUCGCGAACGAGUCUCCUUUAUUCGCAAUUCGCGAAGUUUUGAAGGAUUGUGGCCCACACUAAAUAAAUCCAUGUGCAAUUGUAGUAUAACGGCGUUAGCACUGGGCUUGACUGUUUUGUUGCUGUGAGACAUCUCAUUUACGCGACUAUUUUGUACUUGAUUGAGGUGAAACAUUGUGCUUUUAAAAAACAGUCCUGCCAUUUAGGCAGCAGGGCCGAGAACGAAAAGUGGAAUUUGGUAUGUGGCAAAAUAUAUUUUGCCAUGUGGCAAAAUUGAUUUUGGUAUGUGGCAUUUUUUUGCCAUGUGGCAAAAUGUGUUUUGGCAUGUGGCAUUUUUUUGCCAUGUGGCAAAAUGGAUUUUGCCAUGUAGCAUUUUUUUGGUAUGUUGCAAAAUGGAUUUUGGCUUGUGGCAUUUUUUUUUGUAUGCGGCAAAAUUGAUUUUGCCAUGUGACAUUUUUUUGCCAUGUGGCAAAAUAUAUUUUGGCGUGUGGCAUUUUUUGGCCAUGUGACAAAAUGUAUUUUGGCAUGCGGCAUUUUUUACAUGGCAAAAUGGAUUUUGGCUUGAGGCAUUUUUUGCCACGUGGCAUUUUUUUUUGGUAUGUGGCAAAAUUGAUUUUGCCAUGUGGCAUUUUUUUGCCAUGUGACAAAAUGUAUUUUGGUAUGUGGUAUUUUUUUGGCAUGUGGCAUUUUUUUCUGUAUAUGGCAAAAUGGAUUUUGGCAUGUGGCAUUUUUUGCUACAUGCCAAAUGCAUAUGGCAUUUUCUUGGUAUGUGGCAAAAUGGAUUUUGGCAUGUGUCAUUUUUUUUUCAUGUGGCUUUUUUUUUUUUUUGGUAUGUGGCAAAAUUGAUUUUGCCAUGUGGCAUUUUUUUUUUGCCUUGUGGCAAAAUGUAUUUUGGCAUG